AACCCCGCCUCCUUUUUCUGCACUUUGCACCAUCUGACUGACUAAAUGGUUGUCCUCCAAACCAAAAAGGCUACCAGACAAUCUAAGGCAAUUGUCUUUGACUAGGUCAUGUUUGCAUUUGAAGAAUUCAGUGAACAGAGUAUCUGCCAAGCCCGGGCUUCUGUGAUGGUCUACGAUGACACCAGUAAGAAAUGGGUACCAAUCAAACCUGGCCAGCAGGGAUUCAGCCGGAUCACCAUCUACCACAACACUGCCAGCAACACCUUCAGAGUCGUCGGAGUCAAGCUUCAGGAUCAGCAGGUUGUGAUCAAUUAUUCAAUCGUGAAAGGGCUGAAGUACAAUCAGGCAACACCAACCUUCCAUCAGUGGCGAGACGCCCGCCAGGUCUACGGCUUAAACUUUGCAAGUAAGGAAGAGGCGACCACGUUCUCCAAUGCCAUGCUAUUUGCCCUCAACAUCAUGAAUUCCCAAGAAGGAGGCCCCUCCACCCAGCGGCAGGUGCAGAAUGGCCCCUCUCCUGAGGAGAUGGACGUCCAGAGAAGACAAGUGAUGGAGCAGCAGCAGCAGCGUCAGGAAUCUCUAGAGAGAAGAACCUCAGCCACAGGACCCAUCCUUCCACCAGGGCACCCCUCAUCUGCAGCCAGCGCCCCCCUCUCGUGUAGCGGGCCUCCACCCCCUCCCCCACCCCCUGUCCCACCUCCACCCACAGGGGCUACCCCCCCUCCACCACCCCCACUGCCAGCUGGAGGAGCCCAGGGUGCCAGCCACGACGAGAGCUCCGUGUCAGGACUGGCCGCUGCCCUGGCUGGGGCCAAACUGAGAAGAGUCCAGCGGCCAGAAGAUGCAUCUGGAGGCUCCAGUCCCAGCGGGACCUCCAAGUCUGACGCCAACCGGGCAAGCAGUGGGGGUGGAGGAGGAGGCCUCAUGGAAGAAAUGAACAAACUGCUGGCCAAGAGGAGAAAAGCAGCCUCCCAAACAGACAAGCCAGCUGAUAAAAAGGAAGAUGAAAGCCAAACGGAAGAGCCGAGCACCUCUCCAUCUCCGGGGAGCCGAGCAGCCAGCCAGCCGCCUAAUUCGUCAGAGGCUGGCCGGAAGCCCUGGGAGCGGAGCAACUCAGUGGAGAAACCCGUGUCCUCGUUACUGACCAGAACCCCGUCUGUGGCAAAGAGCCCUGAAGCUAAGAGCCCCCUUCAGUCGCAGCCUCACUCUAGGAUGAAGCCAGCGGGGAGUGUGAACGACGUGGCCCUGGAUGCCUUAGAUUUAGACCGGAUGAAACAGGAGAUCCUCGAGGAGGUGGUCCGAGAGCUCCACAAAGUCAAGGAGGAGAUCAUCGACGCCAUCAGGCAGGAGCUGAGUGGGAUCAGCACCUCGUAGUGCGCCCGGCCCCUGCCGCCACCGCCCGAGACGCCAGUCUACCCCGCGGCGGGGGACAGUGAGGAGCCCAGCCGGCCCAGGCCUCCAGCACACAUGAGCACGCACUGAAGCUAGGAUGUGCUUCAUUUAAAAGUCUUAACCUGUGAUAAAAUAUUAAAAUGAGGAAAAAAGUUCA